AUGACUUCAAUGAUGGUUCGUCAUGGGUGUAGUUGUAUGCCUCAAUUAGAUGUUAGUGGUGCUGAAAUACAUUGGAAUUUGGAGAACAAGGAUCCUGCAAUUUUGUUACCUAACCAGGCUGAUGAUAUAUCACAUCUGGCUUUAAUCAAGUUGAUAUAUUAGGAGAAUUAUUUGGUAGAUGCUAAUAAUCAAAAGACAACUCCUCCGGAUGAGACACUGCAGGGAGUUUCUAAUGAUAACAUAAUCAGCAGCAGCUGUCCUGUUCCCGGAGGAAGGCUUUAUUUCAUGAAGUUUGAAAAUUGGAAUAUUAACGAGUGUUUACAAUUUAUCCAAUCCAAGCAACUGCUUCACCGUAGUGAUUCACAGAAUAAUAAUGUGAUAAUCAAGGCAACAGGUGGCGGAGCAUAUGCGUUUGCGGACCUCUUCAAAGACAAGUUCGGAGUUGUUCUUGACAAGGAAGAUGAAAUGGAUUGUCUAGUAGCUGGAGCCAACUUUUUGCUCAAGGCAAUCCGGUAUGAAGUUUUCGCGCACAUAGAAGGGAAAAAAGAAUUUGUACAAAUGAACCAAGAGGAUUUAUUCCCUUAUCUUCUUGUUAAUAUUGGUUCUGGUAUUAGCAUUAUUAAGGUGGAUGGAGAGGGAUCUUUCGAGCGGGUUAACGGGUCACAUGUAGGAGGUGGUACUUAUUGUGGUAUGGGAAUGGCAAUGACAGGUUGCGAAAGCUUUGAUGAUUUGAUAGAACUUAGUAAGCGGGGAGAUAAUAAAACAUUAGACUUGCUUGUUGGAGACAUAUAUGGUGGUAUGGACUAUUCUAAGAUCGGAGUUUCCGCAUCAACAAUUUCUUCUAGCUUCGGGAAGGUAUUGUCUCGAAAGAAAAAGCCUAAAGACUGCAAACCUGAAGACAUAUCCCUGUCUCUGUUGCGUAUGAUUUCAUACAACAUUGCCCAAAUUUCCUACUUAACCGCACGCGAAUAUGGAGUUAAGCAUAUCUAUUUUGGUGUAUUUUUCAUUAGGGGAAAUGCUUAUACAAUGAAUACGAUAUCAUAUGAUGUUCGAUACUGGUCCAAUGGUGCAGCAGAGGCUAUGUUUUUGCCUCACGAGGGGUUUCUAGGAGCUUUGGGUGCAUUCUUGAGUUAUGAAAAGCAUGGUGUUGAUGACUUGUCCCAUCAAUUAGUAGAACCAUCCCCGGUGGGCGCAUGCUACAUGGGAGGAGCUGAUCAUAGUCCUCAACUGGAAGGUUUCUGUGACAAGGUGCAUGUAAGUACACAAAAUAGGCUCGCCACGUGGCCACAUAGGAAGGCACGAAAUAGGACUGAAGAAUCUCACUUUAAGAUCUCGAUCAGUGACUUGUCAAAUCAAAUGUCAGAAUUACCUCGCCAUUAA